AUAUAUCUAUACAUAUGUAUCAAAUUUAGUUGUACUCUCGUCGUCUUACUGUUUAGUUGUUAUUUCAUGUUUUUCGGAUUUUAGUUUUUGUUUAAGUAAAAUUUCUAGUUUAAAUGGCGGAACAAAAGAAACCGGCCUCGUUUAAUGUACUUCCCAAGAUCAUUAAUGGCGGUAUCGCUGGCAUCAUUGGGGUGACCUGUGUGUUCCCCAUGGAUUUGGUCAAGACGCGCUUGCAGAAUCAACAAAUAUUACCCAAUGGCGAGAAGAUGUACAGCAGCAUCAUUGAUUGUUUUCGCAAGACCAUCGCACAAGACGGAUUCUUUGGCAUGUACAGGGGAUCCGCGGUCAACAUCAUAUUGGUUACGCCUGAAAAGGCCAUUAAGUUGGCGGCCAAUGAUUACUUUCGCUAUCAUUUGUCCACGCCUCAGGGUAAGCUGCCGUUGCAUAUGGCGGGCAUAGCCGGUGGCUUGGCGGGGCUGUUUCAGAUCGUUGUCACAACACCCAUGGAGCUGCUCAAGAUCCAGAUGCAGGAUGCGGGACGCAUUGCUAGCGCAGAUCGGUCCGCAGGAAGGGAGGUGCACAAAUUGACAGCACUGAGCGUCGCCAAGCAGCUGGUCAAGGAGAAUGGCAUCUUUGGUCUGUACAAGGGUGUGAAGGCCACAGGGGUGCGGGAUGUAUUGUUUUCGGUAAUCUACUUCCCCAUGAUGGCUACAAUCAAUGAUGCGGGACCCCGCAAGACAGAUAACUCCGGUGAAGCCGUCUUUUAUUGGUCUCUGCUCGCCGGUCUGUCCGCUGGCAUGACAUCUGCGUUUCUGUGCACGCCCUUCGACGUAAUCAAGACCCGUCUGCAGGCCAUCAAGAAGAUUGAAGGCGAGAAGGAGUUCGAAGGCUUCUUUGACUGUGUCAGCAAGACCAUGAAGUAUGAGGGUCCCACUGCCUUCUUCAAGGGCGGUUUGUGUCGCAUCAUGGUACUUGCCCCAAUGUUUGGCAUCGCCCAAAUGGUGUACUUCACCGGCGUGGGUGAGCGUAUUCUUGGUAUGGAAAGGAAGAAGACUGUUUAGUGUCGUGUUGUCAGUGUGUGAAUAAAUUUUAUGUGUAUUUGUGUAA